CAGAGUCUCUCUCUCUCUCUCUCUCUCUCUGAAACUGGAGCCAUCUCCGGAGUCUGGACGAGGACCUCGUUAAAUAUUCCAACUCUCCACGUACACUCCAAAACACACCCUCUCAUGUGCUCCGAUUCUCCACAGCUCGCGAGCUCCUAAACCCUAACCGCCUCCUCUCCGCGGCGGAUCCUCCGCGAUCCGAUGGCGUUCUGGUGGCCCCUGCUCGUCCUCGCGCUGGCCUACGCCGUCUGCCGGUUCCUGCUGAUGCUCAUUCCCCCCAACGUGCCUUCGAUCGAGGUCGACGCCUCGGACGUGCUGGACCACGGCGGUCAGGCUCGGGACGACAGCUUCAUCUACAUUCCUCCUAGGGGAAGGACACAGCAAGCUGAUAGGAAAGUGCAGUGCUAUGAACCUGCUACUAUGAAAUAUUUGGGAUAUUUCCCAGCGCUCACGACAGCUGAGGUGAAGGAGCAUGUUGCCCAAUCAAGGAAGGCGCAGAAAAUAUGGGCAGAAAGCAGCUUUAAGCAAAGACGUCAGUUUCUACGGAUGCUCUUGAAGUAUAUUAUUGAUCACCAAGAGCUUAUCUGCGAGAUUUCAUCACGUGACACUGGAAAGACAAUGGUAGAUGCUUCAUUGGGAGAAAUAAUGACGACCUGUGAGAAGAUCACUUGGCUUCUUUCAGAGGGUGAGCAGUGGCUAAAGCCUGAGUACAGAUCCUCAGGUAGAUCCAUGCUUCACAAAAGAUCCAAAGUGGAAUUCUACCCUCUUGGUGUUAUAGGAGCAAUUGUCUCGUGGAACUAUCCUUUCCAUAAUAUCUUCAAUCCAAUGCUGGCCGCGGUAUUUUCAGGAAACAGUAUUGUAAUCAAGGUUUCAGAACAUGCUAGUUGGUCUGGAUGUUUCUACUUCCGGAUAAUUCAAGCAGCCCUGACUGCUGUAGGAGCUCCUGAAAACCUGGUCGAUGUAAUAACAGGGUUUGCUGAAACAGGAGAAGCAUUGGUAUCUACAGUUGACAAAAUCAUUUUUGUUGGAUCGCCAGGUGUCGGGAAGAUGAUCAUGAGCAAAGCUUCUGAAACCCUGAUACCAGUAACACUCGAGCUCGGUGGGAAGGAUGCGUUCAUCGUCUGUGAAGAUGUUAAUGUUUCUCAUGUUGCACAAGUAGCUGUCAGGGCUGCUCUCCAAUCAAGUGGACAGAAUUGUGCUGGAGCUGAGAGAUUCUAUGUCCACAAGGACAUCUAUCCUUCAUUUGUCACUCAAGUAUCAAAAAUUGUAAAAGCAGUUGCAGUUGGCCCACCACUUGCUGGAAAGUAUGAUAUGGGAGCCAUUUGUGUGCAAGAGCAUUCUGAAAAGCUUCAAAACCUUAUUAAUGAUGCAUUAGACAAAGGAGCAAGUAUAGUCGCUCGUGGAAGUUUUGGCAACUUAGGUACAGAUGCGGUUGACCAAUUCUUCCCACCCACUGUGAUUGUAAAUGUAGAUCACACUAUGAAGUUAAUGCAGGAAGAGGCUUUUGGACCUAUCAUUCCUAUAAUGAAGUUCAGUACAGACGAAGAGGCUGUAAAGCUCGCCAAUGACUCUAACUAUGGACUGGGUUGUGCCGUUUUUUCUGGCAGUCAGAAACGGGCUAAAGAAAUAGCCUCUCAGAUACAUUGCGGAGUUGCUGCUGUCAAUGACUUUGCAUCAUCUUACAUGUGCCAGUCUUUGCCAUUUGGCGGUGUAAAGCACAGUGGAUUCGGAAGGUUUGCCGGCGUUGAAGGACUGCGAGCUUGUUGCCUUGUGAAGUCGGUUGUGGAAGACAGGUGGUGGCCAUUUAUCAAGACAAAAAUACCAAAGCCAAUCCAGUAUCCCGUUGCGGAGAACGGCUUCGAGUUUCAGGAGUCCCUUGUGGAGAUGCUCUAUGGUUUGAACAUUUGGGAUCGUCUGAGAGCACUGGUCAACGUCCUGAAGUUCCUCACAGAUCAAAACCCUUCUAGCAGUAAGAGAAGUGACUGAAACUCUGCAGAAACUUGGCAAGGUAAGCGGGCAGGAAGAUAGUCUUUUGGCCCACCGAAUGAAAGAUCAGAUUUUGACGACUCCACUUCACUCUCUCCUCUCCCUUGUGCAUUUCUCGGUGAGUGCAGGGCUCUUUCCUUGUUUUUUCAAAAAUGGUAUGGCAACGACCACAAAGGAAAGAGAUCAAAGGACCGUUCGUUUCCUUUGUGCGGUGGUAUCCCAGAGAUUAAAGCCUUGAUUUGACGGAUGUACAUGUGUACUUGAGGGGGAAAGAAAAGAGACUUUACUCACUGAUUUGGACCCCCUUUUUGUUGCAUGAAAAUCUUGGUUCAAAUGUUUCA